CAAACAGCCUCUUGUCCAUUCUCUCACACCCCACACUCGAAGCCCCCUACGAUUGUGAAGUCCAAACCAGAUACCCCUCCUCGCAAUGUCAACCGUUGUUCCAGAAGUCACCUGGGCGCAGCGCUCGUCCAGCAGCGACCCGGAGAAGAACUACGUCUACCUCACCAUCGUCGCAGCCGAUGUCCCAGAAUCAGAACUGAAGCUCGACCUCAAGGAGACAUCGCUGAGUUUCAAGGGCCCGUCAACGUCGAAGAAGGUCACAUAUGCCAUCGACAUCGACUUCUACGCCGAGAUUGACCCCAAGGAGUCCAAGAUCAGCCACAGUGGUCGCGAUGUCUCUCUAGUACUGCGCAAGAAGGAGCUCAAGGAAGAGUACUGGCCCCGCCUGCUCAAGGACAGCAAGAAGGUCCACUACCUGAAGACCGACUUCGACAAGUGGGUCGAUGAGGAUGAGCAGGACGAGGCACCAUGAGGAGGACAUGAACCAGAUGAACCCCAUGGGUGGUGCUGGCGGCGGCGCCGAUGGUGGUUUCGGUGGGCAUCGACUUCAGCAAGCUCGGCGGGAGCUGGUGGAGCAGGCGGCAUGGGUGGAAUGGCCGACAUGAUGAGCAGCAUGGGAGGCAUGGUGUGGUAUAUGGGAGGCAUGCCCGGUAUGGGUGGCAUGCCCGGUAUGGAAGGAGAGGAUAGCGAUGACGACGACGACAUGCCUGAGCUCGAGAACGAUGAGGACAGCAAGGACAAGACACCCACCACCGAGGCAUCUGCGUCAGGCGACAAGCCCAAGAUUGAGGAGGUGGCUUAGAUGGACGUGACAUGCACGGACAACGAGCAUUCGGGUCUUGGGGCGAGGAAUUUUAGUGUCCAGCGUUCUGGCAUUCUAGGCGUCGGUGCUUGGUCAGGAGUUCCGAUUCUUGAGCGGCAUCCGAACAAGGCCACCUGAAAAGCUCUCGGCGCACUGGCACGCUGAUGUAGGUGACGACGAUAUGUGAAAAACAUUCAUGAGUUCAAUGAUACAC